AUGUCCGGUGGUAAUAGCAUUGAUCCUGCUAAUCGAAGUUCGAAUGACAAUAGCAACAGUCCUAGUAACGGAUCUCCAGUGAACAAUAACCAGUACAGUUUGAAGGCCCCCAAGUUCAACAGUCAACCGCCUCCGCCAUCACAUACGUAUCUGCCCCCGAUGUCGGUGAGUAUCCCACCUUUAGCCACCAAAUCUUCGUCAAUAUACAGUCUUUUACAUCAAAGUUCCUCCCGCUCGGAAACGCCAAACCCAAUAUUGCCGCCUCUUAUCGGUAGUGGCUCCAACACUCACAAACCCUCCCCCACCCCUGCACAACCUCCGCCACAGCCUGCACCACAACCACACUCUGCAAAAUACUCGUUGUAUCCAUCGUCUAUCAGUCUGAACAGAUCGAACUCCUCCGCUUACCCAGUCUCCUUCAAAUCAGAGGAGACUUUAAAGAACCCUGCUGCCGUAGCCAAGCGAACAAACACGUUUCCCUCAGCUCCCAGCGAUGCUAAGAAACAGAAAACUAGCCAAGAGAAAAGAAUCUCCUCCAUUUCGAGGCGAAACACACAAGAGAUUAUAGCUAAGCAAAUUGCAGAAAAUAACAAAUCCAAGACUAUUGAAGAGUACGCGCAGAUUGUGAAACAUGCUGAGAUCAAAGUCUUGAGCAUGGACUCUCAGAACACAUCAAAGGCUGCUUUGCAGUUGGCGGAACAAACCAGGGAAAGAGAAAGGCAAGUGUUCGCGUUACUUUGGUUGAUGAAAAACUGCAGGUCGCAACAUGACAGUUAUGUGCCAAGAGGCAAAAUAUUUGCUCAGUAUGCUUCAUCAUGUUCCCAAAACAACCUGAAGCCCUUAUCGCAGGCCUCAUUGGGGAAGUUAAUAAGAACGGUCUUUCCUGAUUUGACGACUCGGAGACUUGGCAUGAGAGGUCAAUCGAAAUACCACUACUGCGGGUUGAAACUAACCAUCAACGAAAACGGCCCCGUGGCCAUUAACAGUAACACUUCGUUGUCCAUAGCACAGAACAGCGACCCCAUAUCGCCCCUAUCGUCACCAUCGCCAUCUUCACCCUCGCCGCAGGCACCUGCAGUUUUAUCGCCAUUUUCAUUGAACAGAAAAUCCACCUCUCAAACUGCAUCACCAGUCAAACAGGAUAGUAAAGAGAAUUCUAACGAGCAAGAACCCGAAUCACAACCCCAUGAGGAAGCAGCAAUAAAUAAUCCUAGCUCUUCCUCGGCAAUGGUGAAAAGUCCGGCGGGAACACCAUCAUCAGAAGAAUUCAGUUUUGCUCAAGAUUUAAUUGGAAAAGUUUUCAAUUGUGAUGAUAAGCUAUCAGAUAACUAUAAUACUCAAAUAUCAUCCAACACAAAGGCUCCAUUGUCGACGUCGUACAAGUUGGAAUUCCCAAAGAUUCCCAGAAAUUUACUUCCCACAGAUACAGAUUCGGACGUUAUAUCAUCCUUAGAAUCACUAUAUCAUAUCCAUUGCAAUUCCGUUUAUGAAAGUAUCAAAUUUAUGAAAGGUGAUAAUAUAUCAAAUGCAUUAUUUUUUUCUAGCUCCAAUCCCAUCUCGCCUACGAUGUUUGAUCUGUUUACUUCUGAGCCGUUGAUCGAAUGGGUCAUCAAGUGCGACUUAAUCACAUAUACGGAAUUAAUAAAAUUUUUUUCACAAUUCAUCAUUCAUUCAAAUGAAAUCAGUGAUUCCAUAAUUCAAAAGCUGGAAAUCAUGAUCAAACUUUUUUCCGAGCAAGUUAAUAAGACAGUUUUAGAAUUACCAAGACUACUAGUUCAAAAGAAACUAUCAAUCGUUAAUAUAUUCACCAAAUUGGUUAAAAAAUUGAUCAAGCUAUUAAAGUUCAUUUUAAAUUUUCUGAGAAGUUUCCCCAUUUUUAAAAAUGGCAUGAAUAGGGACUGGAAGAAUAUUGUAAAUUUGGACGAUAUCUUGGACAUGAUGAUUAACGAAGAAGACACAAAUUCGGAGACGAAUACAAUAAUGCAGCAUUUGCAGGAAUUUUGUCAGGUGUUCGUAACGAAAUUUUUGAAUUCCUCCAUGAACAUUAGUAAUGAUCCUUCAAUAUCCAUCGAAUGCGAAUCAUUGAACGAAAUGAUAAAAGAUUUUUGUUUCUUUAUUUCUGAACAAAGCAGAUUUUCGUGCUUGAAAUUAAUCGAUUGUAGCACAAGAUUCAGGAACGCCAUAAUCGGUGAUAUUAGUCUAAAGUCAAAUGAGAAUUUACUAUCAUGGUUGUUUCUUAAUAAUGUUAUGGGUCAAUUGCUGAACUAUUGCUUUGAAGUAAUCAAAUUUAUCAACAGUCUAAAAGUUUAA